UCCUAGUUCACUGUAAUAAUCCACUUCCUUCCUUGUUCUCCUCUUCCUCUGGCGGGUCAUCAUCAAUUGAAGAAAAAAAAGAAAAGAAAGGAGGAGAGAAAAAUUCUGGUAAACGCGCGUAACGAAACCGACAACCACCAAACAAAAUAAUCUAAUUCAAUUUAAUUUAAUUUAAUAAAAUAAUGGUGAAGAAAUUGCUGCGAAGGGUCUCAACCUUCGUCACUAAGCCUUUCCGCAAACGCCGCCGUCGUCCUCCUCCUCCUCCUCCGCCCGCCCCGUAUAUUCCCCCUCCUCCCCCUCCUCCUCCUCCUCCGCCGCCGCCAUCCACCCCGCCGCCGCCCCCGCCGCCGCCGCCGAUGUCUCCGCCGAAGCCCAAGUUCCCCUUCGUCUUCCCGCGCGGCGAGUCCACCGUCCUCCCCGACCCGUCCCCCUUCUUCUCGCCGGGCCUCCUCGCCGCCCCGCUCCCGACCAACUCCUUCUUCCAGAACUUCGCCCUCAACAACGGCGACCAGGCCGAGUACGUCCACCCCUACCUCGUCAAGCCCUCCCCGUCCUCCGUCUCCGUCUCGUUCCCUACGCGCUUCGCCGGCCCCGCCUUCCUGUACCAGGUCUUCAACGCCGACCUCACCGUCUCCGCCACCCUCUCCGGCGGCGGCUCGGAGGCGCCGCGGCACGUGAUCUCGUCGUACAGCGACCUCGGCGUGACGCUGGACUUCGCGGCGUCGGACCUGAGGUUCGUCCUCGUCCGGGGGAGCCCCUACGUGACCUGCCUGGUCAACAGCGGCGCGGAGGUCGCGAUCUCCACGAUCCACGCCAUCCUCUCGCUCUCUUCGAACAGCAGCCGCACCAAGCACACCGUGAAGCUCAACAACAACCAGACUUGGCUCGUUUACACUUCCUCGCCGAUCAGUUUCAGUCAGAGCCUCAAUGCGAUGACCUCGGGAAGGUUUUCCGGGGUCAUCAGGAUUGCCUGCUUGCCCGACGGCGGAUCAUUUAGCGAGGAGGUUUUGGAUAGGUUCAGCUCUUCGUAUGCUCUGUCUGGCGAGGCAGUGUUGACCAGGCCGUUUUGUUUGGAGUACAAGUGGGAGAAGAGAGGGUGGGGGGAUCUGCUCAUGCUCGCGCACCCGCUACAUGUUCGACUUUUGUCCGGUGAGGACUGUGGUGUCACCGUGCUGGAGGAUUUUAAGUAUAGGAGCAUCGAUGGCGACCUUGUUGGUGUGGUUGGAGAUUCCUGGGUGUUGAGGUCUGAUCCCGUCUCUGUUUCUUGGCAUUCGAUCAGGGGCGUCAAGGAAGAGUCGUACGAGGAAAUUAUUCGAGCCCUUUGUAGGGAUGUCGAGUCCCUUAAUCCAGCUGCAAUAACGACGGCCUCGUCUUAUUUUUAUGGGAAAUUGAUUGCCAGGGCGGCGAGGCUGGCUUUGAUUGCCGAGGAGGUGUGUUAUCCUGAAGUCAUCCCGGCGAUCGGAAAAUAUCUGAAGAGCACCAUAGAGCCAUGGUUGGAUGGGACUUUUGGUGGUAAUGGAUUCUUGUAUGAUGCGAAAUGGGGUGGGAUUAUCACCAAGCUAGGAUCGACCAAUCCUGGCGAAGAUUUUGGCUUCGGGCUGUACAACGAUCAUCACUAUCAUUUAGGGUACUUUCUUUAUGCAAUUGCUGUUCUCGCCAAGAUUGAUCCUGCAUGGGGAAGGAAGUACAGGCCUCAAGCUUAUUCACUUAUGGCGGAUUUCAUGAACUUGGGGAGAAGAUCGAAUUCCAAUUAUCCGCGUCUGAGGUGCUUUGACCUGUAUAAAUUGCACUCUUGGGCUGGUGGAUUGACUGAAUUUGCGGAUGGGCGGAAUCAGGAGAGCACGAGCGAGGCUGUGAAUGCUUACUAUUCAGCUGCUUUAAUGGGAUUGGCCUAUGGAGACACCCAUCUUGUUGCUGUCGGGUCGACGCUUGCUGCAAUGGAAAUUCAAGCGGCUCAAAUGUGGUGGCAUGUUAGAGAAGGUGAUAAUCUAUAUGAGGAAGACUUCACUAGGGAGAACAGGGUGGUGGGUGUUCUGUGGUCUAACAAGAGGGACAGUGCUCUUUGGUUCGCUGGAGCCGAGCGCAGAGAUUGUAGGCUUGGAAUUCAGGUUUUGCCUUUGUUGCCUAUCACUGAGGUUCUAUUCUCAGAUAUCCAGUUUGUGAAACAGCUGGUUAAUUGGACAUACCCAGCUCUGAACAGGGAGGGAAUUGAAGGGUGGAAAGGGUUUGUGUAUGCCUUGGAAGGGAUUUUUGACAAAGGUAGUGCGCUGGAAAAAGUGAGGAGCUUGAGCGGUCAUGAUGAUGGGAACUCUCUUUCGAAUCUACUGUGGUGGAUUCAUAGUAGAGGCGAUGAAGAAGAGACAGGAUGCAGUGAUGGAGGAAAGUACUGUUGGUUUGGUCACUAUUGUCACUGAAAUUGUUAUUUCAGGGACUGAUUGAAUCGCUUUGGAUGAGAUAUUUUUGUUGCUUAUUUUUUUGGAGCAUUCAUGUACUUAUAUGACGAUCGCUUUGCGCGCUGUGUAUCUAUUUUCGGAAUAAAAUGAUUCACUAA